GACUGCGUUCAGAAGCGCACGCCUAUAGCGGGGAUGACUACACAGCAGCCCGACCAAAGCGACAGUCGGGAUGAACAUGUCGACAGCCCCUCGGUGGCUCCGUCGGAAAUCAGCCCACCGCAAACGAAAAAUAGGGAUCGCAGUCCCAUUUCAGAGGGUGUUCAACCUCCUCUACCCCCACGGCCAAACACAUUGAACCUAUUGAACGAUGAAACGGCUUCUCGGGCCAGUCUACAAGCCGAGGCUACAACAGCUGUUUCUCGGGCAGAGAUUGGUACUCAGACACCGGACACUGGAAGUGCUCACUCCACUUUAGCUGUCCGUGGCUUGUCGCGUGGCCUCAGAGCGAGAGCAAGCCUGAGCCACCUGGCUAGUCCAAAGGGAAGUGAAGCCGGAGACUCAGCGAGUAUUCGGAGCUCGAUUCAGAACGGCGAUGUAGGAGAUGUCGAGGCUUUGUUCAAGGAUUUUGACACAGCAGUGCCCGGGGAGCAUUCAGACACCGCGAGCUUGCUCCAUUUCCCUGAAUUUCCGGCCGAUGAUGUCGACGACGACGAUUUCCUGAGCGAAUUUGAGCCCGUCGGGGAACUGAACGAAGAAGCCGGCAAUGAAGAUUUGCUUCUUCGUCGAUGGAAGGCGAAGAAAAAGCACUACCUCAUUCUCUCCGCGGCCGGCAAGCCAAUCUGGACUCGCCAUGGUGAUGGUGGACUGAUAUCUACGUAUGUUGGUAUCAUCCAGACUAUCAUCUCCUUCUAUGAAGACGCGGGUGAUCGACUACGCAGUUUUUCUGCAGCAGACUCCAAGUUUGUUAUUUUGACUCGCGGGCCCCUCUACUUCGUGGCCAUCAGCCGGAUGAUGGAAAGUGACAAUCAGCUCCGCCUUCAACUUGAAGCCCUGUACAUGCAAAUUCUGUCCACUCUGACCCUACCCUCUCUUACACACCUCUUCUCCCUUCGACCAUCCACCGACCUGAAACGACCACUUCAGGGAUCAGAGACACUUCUGUCCUCAUUAGCAGACAGUUUCACACGUGGGUCACCGUCCACCCUGCUCUCAGCUUUGGAGUGCCUCAGGAUUCGCAAAGUACACCGCCAGUCCAUUAACAAUGCGCUUUUGAAAACCAAAGCCAGCACUCUGCUUUACGGUUUGGUUGUCGCUGGCGGACGGCUAGUCAGUGUGGUUCGCCCUAAGAAACACUCACUUCAUCCAGGCGAUCUACAGCUUUUAUUCAACAUGAUUUUCGAAGCCGACGGCGUCAAGGCCGGAGGAGGAGAAAGUUGGAUUCCUGUCUGCCUUCCCGGUUUCAAUAGUAGCGGCUACCUAUACAUGUAUGUCAGCUUCCUUGAUCUCCGAGAUAAUGUCGACAAAAAUGAGGCCAUCUCCAAAGAUGAGUCCGUCGCCAUCGUUUUGAUAAGCCCGGAUAAAGAAAGCUUCUUCGCGAUGCAAGGAACGCGCAACUCCCUUGUCGAGCAAAUGGAGAAAAAUGGUAGUCUCAAAGUGAUCAGAGCCGCCAUCAAUCAAGGACGACCAGCCACCACUGACAUUGUCCCUGGGUCUGUUCUACACCAUUUCUUAUAUAAAUCGCGUGCAAACGUGCAGUUUACCAUGUCGGCGUACGCCCCUGAAUUUAUAUCAAUCUCUCGACGACGAAAAUUGAUGUCAAUAUACAACAACCUUCAUGAGAGUAUCCACGUCAAGAACACCAGCGUCAAGGUGCACCACUGCGUCUCACGAUCAGCAAGCUCGUUUGCUUGGGUGACCCCGGUGUUCGAAUUUUACUGCGUUGCCGAACCCAACGCGAAUAGAAACGCGCUGGUACAAAGCGCGACCAAGAUUGCCCAGUGGGUACAUCAAGAAGAAGAGAGACUUUUCAUCAUUGGCGGAGGUGUAUGUUUUUUAACGUGCAGGAAAUUUUACACACAUUAG